UAGCUGCCAGCCCUGGCCCAUCAUGUAGGUGCAGCAGAGCUUUCCUUACCAUUGCAAUAGAGGGGGAAAACCCCACUUUGCAAUCUGUUUUGCAAGGUAUGCAAUUGCAGCUCCUUCCUCUGCAAGGAGAUCUCCUGUAGGAAGUAAGAAAAACUCCAGUUGCAUGAAGAUUGAGCGCUUGCAGUUUGCAUCUUUGUUGCAAAACUAGCUACUGAAGAGAGAAGGCAAAGUCUUUUGUGCUCCCCUCCCCCAUCAAAGCAGAAGGAAAAAUGUCUCAGCAGAGAGGCAGAAAGAAAAAUCCAGGGCUGAAGAUUCCUAAAGAAGCAUUUGAACAACCGCAGACAAGCUCCACGCCACCUAGAGACUUGGACUCCAAGGCCUGCAUUGCCAUUGGCGGAGAGAACUUUGAAGUCAAGGCCGAUGAUCUGGAGCCAAUAUCGGAACUGGGACGUGGUGCAUAUGGCGUGGUAGAGAUGAUGCGGCACAUGCCCAGUGGGCAGAUCAUGGCAGUGAAGCGAAUCCGGGCAACAGUGAACAGUCAGGAGCAGAAGAGACUGCUGAUGGACCUAGACGUUUCUAUGAGGACAGUAGACUGUCCCUUCACUGUCACUUUCUAUGGUGCACUGUUCCGAGAGGGAGAUGUGUGGAUCUGUAUGGAACUGAUGGAUACUUCACUGGACAAGUUCUACAAGCAAGUCAUAGACAAAGGCUUAACGAUUCCUGAAGACAUUCUAGGAAAAAUAGCUGUCUCAAUUGUAAAAGCGUUAGAACAUCUACACAGUAAGCUUUCUGUAAUUCACCGAGAUGUCAAGCCCUCCAAUGUAUUGAUCAAUACACUAGGACAGGUUAAAAUGUGUGAUUUUGGAAUUAGUGGUUACCUCGUUGACUCUGUGGCCAAGACAAUGGAUGCUGGCUGCAAACCUUACAUGGCACCUGAAAGAAUCAACCCAGAACUAAACCAAAAGGGAUAUAGUGUCAAAUCUGACAUCUGGAGUCUGGGAAUCACAAUGAUUGAGCUGGCAAUCUUGAGGUUUCCAUAUGAUUCUUGGGGGACGCCAUUCCAGCAGCUCAAACAGGUGGUGGAAGAGCCGUCGCCACAACUCCCAGCGGACAAGUUCUCAGCAGAGUUUGUUGAUUUUACCUCACAGUGCUUGAAGAAGAAUUCCAAAGAAAGGCCAACGUACCCUGAGCUAAUGCAACACCCUUUCUUCACCCUGCACGAAUCCAAAGAAACAGAUGUGGCUUCUUUUGUCAAACUCAUCCUGGGAAACUGAAAAAUGGACUUGUACAUGUUUUUGCCCUUCUGUGGACUGGUGGUUUAGGAGGAGGGGCAUGUGGCAGGGCAGCCUUCAUCACAAGAGAACCAAUAGGAGAACCUGCCACUGGCCAAAUCUUGUAAAAUCCUAGCCCUCUGCUCUUGAAGGUGGCUUUUUAAAACAAAGGGUUCGUUGGUCUCCAUAGUAACAUAGAAUGAACUGGUUAGUGAAAUGAAUUUUAAUGAGGUUGUUAACCUUGAACAACAACACACACACACACACACACACACACACACACACAAAUUAAAAAGAGUGAUUUAAAUAUUUAAAUGACAGUCAAGAUUUCUCUAACCAUCUCCACAGCUCCCUCUUCCUUUCUUCCCUGUCAAACCACAUUUGCUUUUGUUUAUGGUAAUAGGUGCUACGGUAGUUAUGAAGUUCUACAUAGUUAUAUUUUGUCGCUACCAUUAUUUUAAUAUUUAUGUCAAGUGCUUGAUUUGAGUAGAAUCCUUGUUUUUAUUCUUAUGUGAGAAUUGAACAGUGGGUGAUGACGACAGCUACGAAGGAUGAGUAUUUAUACGGCUUCACUAGGAAAAGGAUAAUGCAUGGGCCAUAUUAUAUGGGUUGAUGGACUAUUUAAAUUCAAAGAAGAUUCUGGCUUAAAUGUUAGAUGGCCUGGUAAUGCCUAGGAAGGUCUGCAUCGUUUUUUAGGAGAUGCCAGGAGAAAAUGGUGUUCUUGCAAGUAUUCGAGGCUUCUUGCAUUCUUGUUCGUGGUGUCGUCUUAUCCUGUUCACUUGGUUUGUAGAUCACUGCAGUCUUCAAUGAAUAAUGAUAUCCCAAAGGUUUAGGGCUCCUUACAUUCCCACAAGACCUGAGAUUAACAGAGAGGAAACAUAUAUUUAUGUGUGUAUGUGUAUAUAUAAAUUUAUGGAAAAUUAGAAGCAGCAUUAGUAAUUUGACAGCUGACUAAGCAGUGGUGAACCCAUGGCCUACAGCACUGAACCUGUGAUCUGCAACCAAGCAAGAGCCCUAUACAUUGGUUGUAGUCCAUGGGUCAUUCAAUGCAUUUACAUGGAGAAAGGGAGUUUCCAAGAAAGAAAACAGAAUCCAGGAGGAACAGCAUGGAGAGAUGUAUUUCAGUAAGGGGCAAAGUCAAGUGGAAAAAAGAAUCACAAUGCCACUUUUUAAACUGGCAAAAAAGUGUACAGAGCCUAUCUUGGACACUCACAUUUCACACACACAUGCUAAUAUUUGCCUCAUUACUUUCCCCUCAUUCCCUGCAAAUUAAUAAGAGUGGCAGAUGUGUUAGCCCUCAUCUUAAAUGUUUUUGUUAAACAAGAAAAGAAAAGAAAAGCCCUACUCAUAAGGGUAGGGUUUUGGCCUCCUAAGGCCAAAUACUGACUUGGAGAGAUAUAUGUAGUCUGGUAGCUGCACAGAGCAUACUUCUGCCUUCAGUCACAGCAGUAUCGUGGUGGCAGUUUUCAUGAAUCCUUUAUUUUAUGACAUGUCUUGCCCUUUGUUUGGUAUCCUAUAGCAAGACCAGGGCCUUUGCUGAUGGAGGCCACUACAGUUUUGCUAAGAAUGCCAGAGCUUGUUUUGCUUGUGGAGCGAUUCCAUUUUCUGAACUGAACCAUGACAGAGUUAAUUCUUCAUAAUGGUAAGGAUGCUGUACUGCCUAAGUCUGGUAUUGAGGGAGAGUGCUAGUACUCUUGCUAGGACAAGGGACAGCAUCAUUUUAUUAGGGCAUGUCCUUUCUGCCUCAGUACAGGGCAUGGCAUCAGUGUGAUGCCAGCUCAGAAUUCAGGCAGUGGCUCUACCAGGUGAUGAUCCAGACCAUUAGUAUUUGUAGCACAAACUUAGUUCAAAGAAGUUGCCGUCCUGUUUUCUUGCAGUCCAUGUUUUACAGUGUAACUGGUCCCUUGUGUGCGUGUCUAUUGGAAACCUUUCAGGAGACUUUUUACAGUCAAAACAUGAGGUGGGUUCACAUUUCAUUGUAAGCUUAAAGGCCUAGGAUGGCUUGUAACCUGUCCUUAGUUUUCCAAGUUACGUGCAUCCCCCCCCCUUCUCACUCUUCAGCUCUCCCCCCGCCCAUACACAGUUGAUUCUGAGCUGCUUUGAUUGAUUGUCUUCAGCUGCGGCUAGAGCUCAGCCAGCCAGUUUUUAGAACUAGUUCCAGCAUCAAUUCUCACUUUGAAAAACAUGACAUUUAAAACCAGCUUUUUGGUUUUCCUACAUAUGGAUCUGAUGCUUGUUUUAGAGAUUGUUUUUGCUGCUUUCCUUUUGGAAUAGUGAGACUCGUUUGGACGCCACAUCCUCUUGACCUCAGAACACCUUUAUUUGACUGCUGUGGUAACAGACAGACUGGAUUUAUGAGAUAGGAUCAGUGUUAAUAGCCGAUAUUAAUACUCCCAUUGGUUUCCAAUAGUAGAAGAAUGCCAGUGCUGUCUGCAGUAAGUCAGUCUAGAAAGAUUACUGCUCUGUGAAUCAACACUACAUGCCUCAGGCUUUAUUGUAGGCAUUAGAAUGUGGAGCCUAAGUUCCCCAGUCACUUAGGUGCUUUGGAGUUCUUUUGUCAACAAUAUCUUAGUAUAAUUUGUCUCUUGGCAGACACAUAGACCCUUGCAGAGUCUAAGAGUAAAGCACACCCAGGUUAUCUGUCCUUUCUAAUCAAAACUUAAAACUAGUGUUUUCUUGUCUGAAAGUUCACAUACCAUAUUAAUGAGCAUAAGUUUCUGCAGAUAUUUUGAAGCAAUUAAGAUGCAGUCCAAAUUCUUAUUCAUUUUCAUUUCCUAAAAAGCGGGGGCAGGGGGAAUGGAGAGAGAAAAUAGUUGAUCGCACAGUCCACUGAUGGCAGGACAAGAAUAAAUAGGUUUUACUUUCAGGAAAGCAGAUUCAAAUUUAAGCAUAAAACUAAUAUAGAUGCACUUGUUCAGUGCGUCUUAGCAGAAUCUUCAUUCUUGAAGGCUAUCAAGAAAAGUCUGGACAGGCAUCUACUGGGGAUAUUUUUGUAUAGAUUAUGUUGUCUUUGUGUAGGGGUUAGAUUAUUCAUUAGCUUUGUUCAAUUUACAUGACUGUGAUUUUUAUUGGAAUUGCAAUGGCAAUAUAAAUUAAUUGCAAACAACUCUUUGAGGUUGAUGCUGUUGGGAAUGCCAGAUGAUAGCUUGGAGGUUGUUUCUUCGUACUUGUUUGCUGAAACUGACAGGUCUUUGAUCAGAAACUCCCAGGACUUUCAUUCUUCCUUUGCUCAUGUCUUAGCUUAACAUGUGACAAAUGAUACACCCUCUUUUCUAUACUGGAAUGGUAUCUUCCAUACGUACCAUCACAUCUGAUGAGUGCUUAGAUUUCUCUUUCACCACCUACACAUGAAAUUUGAUAUGAGGCUUUUCUUCUUUGGAGAUCUUGGUCACAGAGGGGACAGGGUUCCUCUCCUGGGAGCAUCACUGCCAGCUCCCCCCACCCCCCGCUCUCCCUGCAGUACUCAACCUCCAUCUAUAUGUUCUCACGAGAGUGUGUCCUCUUCCUGGCCUUGCAAGAGCCCUUGUUAAGUCUCCUCUGUCAUUUCCUGCUUGUUGCCCUGGCAACCUAUCUUGUUCAAACAGGCAUGCACCAAUGCAUCUUCUAGUUUUGUUGGCAACAUGUCUGGCAUGGCUCUUUUGGGAGAAUUGGGGUCUUUUGUUUGCGGUUAACUUAAUGGGUGAGUUGGCUGGGAACCUGCCUGGUACUGGGAGAUGAAGACAGAGGCAGGGGCUGUGAUCCCCAAGAAAUCGGAAAAUCUAAUUAGCAUCAGCUUCCCAUCAUCUGAAAAUAGACAGGCAAGUAUUUGUCUUAGGCCACAGUGUAUGCACAAUUUCAUUGUAUGAAGAUGAGAUUCUUAUGGGAAAUCUGUUAUGUGUGAAGUGGCCAUGAGUCACUUUUGGAUCAUUGCAAGGAGCUCUGAAUUCCAGCCACAUGGAGUGACAUGGUGGUAGAUGACAUAGUGGUAGUCACAAUCAAACAAUAGUUGAAGCUUAUCCAGGCUUAGUUAAUUCCAGAGGCUUCAGCUUUUGAUAUACCCCUUGAUCUAUCAAGUGGAAGUUAAAGGGAGUUUUCACUGCAGGUCCUUUAAGGUUGUAAUCCUGUGCACAGUUACAUAAGAGCAAGCCUCACUGAACUAAAUGCAACUUACUUCCAGGUAAACUUGCAUAGGAUUGGGCUGCAAAUGUAUGGAAUUGGUUCUGGUAGUGCUUUUUGAGGGCACCUGAGGAUAGUAAUGCAAAACAGCUGUUCUGUUUGGUGCUGAGAAGCUUAAAUUCUAUUGGUGUAUCUUUAAUUUUGAAGUUCCUAACCCAUUUUAGAUUCCUAAACUGCUUAGGUGCUCUAAAUAUUUUAUUAUUUUAUUUUAUUUUAUUGAAGACGAUAUCUCUUUCACAUGUGCUCACUUGGGCAAAUAAUUAUUGCCUUGCCUCUGCUUUCUCAUCUGUAAAAUGAUGAUCAAUUCUUUGCCACAGAAGACAAAUUGUGAUGCUGGCUCUAGACAUGGGAUAUCAUUGUUUAAAUAUUUCUGGUUUUGGGGUGAGGAGCCAGGCACAGUAUAUGUACAGAGCUGGAUCUUAUUAUUGACACCAGAACAUCUUGCCAUGUAUGAUGCCAAACUAAUGAACACUGCAUUCUCCAUGUACUGGGCAUUCAUAUAAUGAGAUUAUUCAUACAAUCAAGAACUGUGUAGGGUAGAAGUGAUUGUGUGGAAGCAAAGGAGGAGGAAAACCUGGGUAGCUUUUCCUCCUACCUUGCAUCCCCAUAAUCACUUCUAUCCAGGUUUUCCUCCUACCUUGCUUCCACACAACUGAAAAUUGGGAGAACACACAGCUCCUAAGCCCGGGUAGAACACAGUUUUUGAUUGCUAACCAAUAUUGCUAACUAUCGCACAUUUGUUUGCAUAUCCUAGAAGCUUUCAAAGCAGUAGCAUAUCCCUUUGUGAGUACUCCUUGGAACUGUGAAGGAAAAGGGCUGACUUUGGGGUUGUACACACAUUCUCUGUUGCCUUCUUCCUUUGCUGAACCCGGAAUGGUUGCAUUCUUCUCAACAUGGUGUUACUACUUUCAUCUCAUGCCAUGCUACUUGAUGAUUUCCUGCUUCCAAGUGUAGACCAUGAUAGCAUAACUCUUAUCUCCAUUAAAAACAAAUCACAAUC